GACUGUCAGUACCUUACUGAAGAACCACAAGCAGCAGAGCUGGGAAUGAUGUCUCAUCUAUAUUCUUAUGGUCUGGAGAUAAAAAAGAAAAAUUCCUCACUCAUCCUUUCUCUUCUCUGUUUCCUUGUCUGGAUUCAAUAAUCCCAGUGUAUGAUCUGAAGACUGCUGCAUAUAACAAACUACCUUGGAACUGUCCUACUAAUCAAGCUGCUGAGAAUCACACAAGCAUUUCUGACUGUAGGAACAUGUAUUGGAGACAUGUUAGAAUUCUUUUUAUGGUGCCUAUGGCCUUGCAAGUCAUUCAUUUUGGAAGAGGCCGUGAAAAAGAAGAGUAUGAACAUGCUGGAGAAAAUGUCAAUGCCACAGCUCAAAAGCAGCAGCCAAAAAAUCAAGACACUAUUGUAAAUGCUCUUAAUGACAUGAAUCAAAGUUAUGAGAGCAGGAAGCAACCAAAUUCUAGGAGUCUUGUGCCUUUCACUGGGAUUACAGACAGUAAAAAGCUGAACAGGCACUGUUGUCAAAAUGGAGGGACCUGUAUCCUAGGCAGUUUCUGUGCAUGUCUAAAACAUUUUACUGGCAGAUACUGUGAGCAUGACGAACGGAAACGCAACUGUGGCCCUGUUGCCCAUGGAGCCUGGAUAAUCAAGGGCUGCCGAUUCUGUCGAUGUGGGUAUGGCAUGCUACACUGCCUUUCAGGAAGAAUGCAAGACAACUGUGAUGUAAAAGAAGAAGAGGAGGAGGAAUUUCCUAGGUUACAUUCCAGUGGCUCAAGAUUAAAACAAACAGCAUUCUCUCUUGUCACCCUAUUCUUCUUCUGCAGCAAGCCUUUAUGAGAGUGGCUAUACCAAAAAGAUCUUAUGUGCGGGCUGCAACACUUUCACACUCAGAAUCAUACUUUAAUUUUUCUUCUGUGUAGUUUAGAAGAUGUAUCUAUUUACGUAUACCUGACAGGGGCAUGUUAAUUUAUAUGGUUAAUGCUAGUUAAGUGCUUAGAUUAUAAAAAGGCACUAGAUGGUUGAAUGCUAAGUAUUUAUUAUUAAAAUUAUUAUUUGUGUUAGGACCUGAUUUUAACAGUUUUCUACUCUUAAAAUGUGGAUUCUUCCAAUGGAAGAAAAAACCCCAGAUGUUCUAUGCCUUAAAUAUUAAGUUAUAACUAUUACUUAUUUUAUAUAUUGAAAAAUACUAUUUUUAAAAAUAAAGCUA